GUCUUUAUGGCCCACACUUUCUAACCUUCACUACCUCCUGGCUAUGACUCUCUUGACUCUUCCCCUUCCAUACCCAAAACAUUGCUCCUCUGAGCCCGCCACUCGUUAUGGAAAAGAUCACGGAUAAGAUCAACGCCUUGCCAGAUGGCGCAAACUACUUCUCUCUGGAGUUCUUCCCCCCCAAAACGCCCAUGGGAUUUGCGAACCUCCAAGUCCGUCUGGAGCGCAUGUCCCAAGCCCUACGACCGCUCUUUGUCACUGUAACUUGGGGCGCGGGAGGCUCAACUGCCAACAAAUCUCUCGAACUCGCAGAGAUAUGCCAGCGCCAAUUAGGCCUCACGACGUGUCUGCACCUCACCUGUACCAAUAUGAAGCGCUCCAUCGUCGACGAGGCUCUCGAACAAGCGAAGGUGCUGGGCAUCCGGAACAUCUUGGCCCUCCGCGGUGAUGCCCCCCGAAGUGAGGAGUACCGCGAUGAGACGUUGCCGGUGGAGGAGGACUCGAACAGAGAUUUCCAGUAUGCGGUAGAUCUUGUGAGGUACAUCAAGAAACAGUAUGGAGACUACUUCUGCAUUGGCGUAGCCGCAUACCCGGAGGGCCAUGCUGACGAGUCGCACCCGGAGCACCAGGAUCCUAAACUGGACCUGCCGUACCUUGUGGAGAAGACGAAAGCGGGUGCUGACUUCAUUCUUACGCAGUUGUUCUUUGAUGUGGAGGCGUUUGACCGGUUCGAAGCGAUGUUACGGGAGGAUGAGAGCGGAGUGUUCAAAAAAAUACCCAUCAUUCCUGGCUUGAUGCCUAUCCAGAGCUACCAGAUUCUCCGCCGGACAACGAAGCUGAGCCAUGCUAGCCUACCGCGGCGCUUGCUGGAGAGAUUGGAUGCCGUGAAGGGCGACGACGAGCUGGUGAAGAAGGUUGGUGUGCAGAUUCUAUCGGAAAUUGUGGAACACAUCAAGCAGAGACCGAGUGUUGGAAAGCGCGGUUUCCACUUCUAUACUCUCAACCUCGAGAAGGCUGUAUCGCAUAUUCUGGAAGACUGCCGGCUAAUACCCCUGGCGUACGCAGACGAGGAAGCCUUGGAACUGAGUAAUGGUCAUGAUUUGUUACCUCCGGAUGGGGCUCUGACCCACAUACGGCGUCGUCUGUCCUCUCUUGACUCCUCUCCACAUAAUCGCGCGAUCUUGUCUCAUCCGCAUUCCAGUCAUUCCGGGUUUCAGGCGUCGGAGAGUGAGGUUGGCUUUCCGCAAGGGCCGAUCAACAGCCGUGCCAAUGCACUUGCCAUAUCCGAAGGCGAGGGCACAUUAGGCCGGGAAGCAACCUGGGACGACUUCCCCAACGGACGUUGGGGUGAUGCGCGGAGUCCGGCGUUCGGGGAGAUUGAUGGAUAUGGACCCACUCUUCACGUGUCGACGCCGCAGGCUUUGAAGUUUUGGGGUCAUCCCGUGGAGGAGGACGACAUAUCCACCAUUUUCAGGCGCCAUAUCCAAGGCGAACUCGAAGCCAUUCCUUGGUCGGAACAGGGGCUUAGCCCGGAGACGAGCACAAUCACAAAAGAGCUGCUAGAGUUGAAUGCAAAGGGGUGGUGGACCGUUGCGUCUCAGCCAGCAGUCGACGGGGUGAAAUCGACUGACCCUGUGUUCGGCUGGGGACCCAAGAAUGGCCGUGUCUUUCAGAAACCGUUUGUGGAGUUUUUCCUCCCAUCCGCGGAUUGGGCGAAACUCAAACCAAAGCUCGACGCACACGACCAAGUGACGUACUUUGCCGGCAACGAGGCCGGCGACUUCGAAUCGUCCGACGAGGCGAGUGUGAACCCCGUGACGUGGGGUACGUUUGCGGGGAAGGAGAUUUUGACGCCGACGAUCAUCGAGGCCGUCAGCUUCAGGAGUUGGCUUGAAGAGGCGUUUGGGAUUUGGCGCGAGUGGCAGCGGGUGUAUCCGAGUCGGACGCAGUCUCAUAAGCUUCUCGGAGAUGUUUGCAGGGACUCGUGGUUGGUGAAUGUGAUUUGGAGUGACUACAGGAAUGGAGAGGGGCUGUGGGCGUUGUUGAGGGAGGUGGAAACGCAAGUAUGAGAGUAGAGAUAGAAUCGCUGCGGAAUUGAGCGUUUGGAAGAUCGAUUGUCGGUAUAUGGAUGGCAGAGUCCUUGGUGAUGACGUAAAGGUGGUCACUAUAAGAGGAGAGGAAGUAUAGGCCCGUUUCAGGGGAGCCCUAAGGAUGCACCUAGGUGAUGUACCUGCGUAUACCAAUCGAGCAAUGCUAUUACGCAAAUACCAGCUGCAUACCCGAAAGACCCGUACGUGGUUCGAAAUUAUUG